UGCCGACCAAACGAUAGCAAGAGUUUCAAUCAAUUGUGUACCAAAAUGAAAAUUAGAUUAAGUGAAAUACCUUCGCAAGAAAAAAUUGAUAUAAUUAAUGAAUGUGAUUCAGUUGAUAGAAUUAUUGCCUGUCUCUGGUGCACCUCUCUACCCUUACUACUACUCUGGCUUCAGCCGAAAGUGAUUUGGCUGAAUGAGAUGAGUGAGUUUAUGCAUUGUUAUCAUAGGUUUUUGAAGUGAAUCACUCUCAGUAUCAGCCUAACAAUUUCAUAAAAUUGUGCUUUUCCUUGCUAUCGAGUAAACAACAUGUUUCUCAACGUAAACCCAACUUUAUUAAACAUUUUUUUCGGUUGUUUAACUGUUUGGUUGAUCAAAUAUUUAUUCAACUUUAUUUAUCGACUUAAAAAACUUCCUCCUGGUCCAUGGGGCUUACCUUUUGUUGGUUACUUGCCCUUCUUAAAGAAAGAUGCGUAUAUUCAAAUUACUGAAUUGGGUAAAAAGUAUGGACCAGUAUUCAGCUUUAAGUGUGGUCAGUUUGAUGUUGUUGUGAUAAACGAUGCGCUAGCCAUUGAAGAAGCUUUUAGGAAUGAUCAUUUAUUGGCUCGUCCGAAUACAAGCUUUAUUCCUGGAUUCAAACGUGAUCAGUCAUUAGUUGAAAUGUCCGGUGAACCUUGGAAACAACAGAGACGAGUUGCUCUAACAAUACUUCGGAAAGUUGGUUUCGGGAAAAAAACGCUUGAAGACAAAGUGAAGCAAGAGAUUAAUAUGUUCAUUGACUCUCUAAAAUCAGCGAAUGGUGCAGAAGUUGAUUUCGGUGAAGUGAUUAAAUUGAGUGUUGCGAAUAAUAUAUCAAUCCUUUUGUUCGGACAUCGUUUUGAAUAUGAUGACCCGCUGGCAAGUGAAAUGUGUCGGAGUGUGAAGCAUCUUGUCGAAAAUGCCUCAUACUUCAGUAAAUUCGUAUUUAUGCCCUCGAUAACUUUUUUGGUUUCCCUGGCUUCUCAAUUCAGCUCUGAACUCAAUAAGAUCACAAGCAGCUCGGAAGAGCUAGAAAAGAAAGUCACAAUAGAAGUUGGUAAACAUAGGGAAAAGAAAGCAACUCAUGAAAUUGAAGAUUAUAUCGAUGGAUUCUUGGAAGAAAUGGAUAAACAAAAAGAUCCCGACUCAAGUUUCAAUAUGAACACAUUGCGGCGAAAUACUGCUGAUUUUUACGCAGCCGGUGCCGAUACUACAACACUGGUAUUGAACUUUAUCAUGUUAUAUUUAAUCACUUAUCCUGAAUAUCAACAGAAAAUACGAGAUGAAAUUAAGCAAACUAUUGGAUUCGAGCGUCAACCUGAUUAUGCAGACAGAAAUUCAAUGCAUUUAACAAUGGCAUUCGUUUAUGAAUCUCUACGAAUGUCAACAAUCGCUCCUCUCAACGUCCAUAGACGCGCUUCUCAAGACACACAAGUAAUGAACUAUUCUAUACCUAAAGAUGCAAUAGUUAUUUUCAACUUUUGGGCUGUUCAUCGUGAUCCAAAGUUGUGGAAUGAUCCUUAUUCAUUUAAACCAGAAAGAUUCCUCAAUGAAGAUGGGACAUUAGUUGCCAAACAACCAAAUUUAAUGUCAUUUAGUGGUGGCAAAAGGAUGUGUCCAGGUGCAAAUUUGGCUCUAAUGGAACUGUUUCUUUAUUUGGUUUCAAUUCUACAAAAUUUUCGAGUUUCAAUUCCAGAAGGAUAUGAAAUAUCUAACGAAGUGAAAUAUGCCCUAAAUAGAAUGGUGAAAAAAACGAUGAAAGUUCAUUUUCGCGAUUGGAAAGAUAAUUAGCAAAUUACAUCAGCCUCAGUUUUGGGCUGUUAAUAUGAUAGCGUUUAAUGCUGUUGUUACUGUACAUUAAUAAAGAGUAAAGCAAUCAUGAUAA